GCGCUACUGGAGUCCAUCUUGGUCGACUUCGGGACAUACAUAUUGCUUCGUAACAAAGAAUGUCUGUCAUCAUUCGACUCCAAAACCUACCAAUUUCAGCAAACGCCUCAAAUAUUCGACGCUUUUUUAGCGGGUUAUCCAUUCCUGAAGGGGGCGUGCACAUCGUCGGGGGCACGGAAGGUGACGCGUUUAUUGCCUUUGCUACAGAUGAAGAUGCAAGAAAAGCUAUGCUGCUUGAUCGACAAACGAUCAACGGGGCAUCUGUUCGCCUGUUUCUGAGCAGUAAAGCCGAAAUGCAGUCAAUAAUCGAAUCUGCAAAAACUUCAGCUUUAUUUUCUAGUGGAGGAAAUCCGGUUUUAUCUCAAUCUAUAUCUCAAAAGACUGAAACUAUGCAUGCGCUAGAUGUGACAGCUCCUACACUGCCCAGUUCCUUCCCAUCGUACCGUAAUGGAGCCACUCGUGAAUCGUUUGAUGACUCUUCCAAGCAGUAUCCUUACACCUAUAGCAAAGGUGUAACCCUGGAUCCCCCUCGUGGACAAAUUGAAUCAGCUGCACGUAACAACCCGGACAAAUAUCCCGAAAAUUUACCUCCAGAUAGACCUCAUUUUAGUCAGGAUCGAGAUUAUAGUUACAAUAAUCAACCUAAUAUGCAUUCAAGGUAUGAUGAGAUACGAGACUUCCCGCCAACUAACGACUAUGGUCCAAGAGAUACAUACUUGAAUAACCGAAGUGAUUUGGGACAUAGAUCUUAUCGCGAUGAUUACGAUUAUAGUAGGCACCCGCCAUCGAUUACUUCUGAAGACAACUUCGUCUCGAGAGGCAAAGACAAUGAAGGCAAAAAUAGUCCGAGGGAUUCUUAUGCUGAUCAUUAUUCUGCGCUACACGUUUCGGAUGGUAUGACGACAGAUUAUGAUAAGUACCGUGCACAAUCUCCUAGAGUAUUCAAUGAUCGGUUCCCUCCACAUGAUAUUCAAUCACGAGAAUUUGGACAUGGAAAUACCCACCCGUUUCCAUCAGAAUUUAGAAGUGGCCCGGGUCAUCCUCUUGAUCGUGAAACUGCAUGCACUAAUUCUAGGUUGCAAGAGGAACGCGAUUUUUCUGUCAGACCUCCGUGGCUCAACGAUAAUGCUCCAGUUUCAGGACCAAAGCGUCCAUUUCAACAUCAGACUUCAGACUUUGAAGAGUACCCACGAAAACGUCGACCACAACCCUCAUCAUAUGCUCGCCCAUCUGACAUAGUGCCUGGAGAAACUGAUUACGUACUAAGAGUUUGUUUGCCCGCCCCAGAAGCUGGUAUAAAGACUGUUUUCGAAGUUUUACGUGGCGUCCAGGUUGUUCCGAAAUGGGGUAUCCGGGUCGAAGAAGAUUUGCUACAACGUCCCACUGGGUAUGUGUUUAUAAUGAUGACAACUCGUGAUUCAUACGAACGAGCACUCAGUUUUAAUAAUCGUCCUCACAAAGGAGACGUGAUAAAAGUAGUCAAAUGUACUCUAAGUGAAUUUUACAGUGUUAGUGAUACAAACUUUACUUCAAAAUGCCCCCCAGAGGUUGCCAAAAAACUUCCACCACCUGAUCAGUCCUACCCUCCUCAUUACAACGAUGGUUGUCUUGAACUAGCUGAGCUUCCAUCUGAUACCACCAAGACAGAAGUAGUUCGAUUUUUGGGUGCCCCUGGUCUGACUUGUGAAAAUGUUGUACUGGCUCGGUUCCCUCCAAAUGAUAAGUCUGCACCACGCAGUACCAACUUGACUAGGGCACUAGUUACGCUUCCUUCUGCAGAGGAUAUCAAAAUCCUUCUUUCUGCUAAACCACGGCCAUUUAGACCAGAUUCGGGACUUCCAUCAGUGCGCUUAACACCAAUAUCAAAGUUGCAAGUCACUGCUUAUUCAGCCUUAGCGAUCGGUAGUAAAUCUGAAAGUACCAAAGAGUCUAUCAAACCACCUGUUCCUCGUGAUGUUGAUUCGGAGUCUACUAAACCACCUGGUGGCUUUUUGACAUGUGCUUGUGUCAGCGGGUUUUCUCGCACAGUAAAAGAUUCUGAAGUUCUGAAUCUGUUUCCGUCCAUCCUAAUUCCUGGAGAUGCGGUACGACUUGCUCCUGAUGAUAAUAUUGCUUUCAUCGAUUUCAUUAGUGAAAACAACUGUCGUCGUGCUGUAAGUGAAGCAUCGACUGAAGGUUCUAAGGCAAAACAGUUGCAUCCAUCUCUUCAUAUAGAAGCCAUUUCUCGAGAGGAAAUGCUGAACCGUUUGGGUGUUGAUUCAAAAGAUGAACAACUCAACUUUGACAGACCUGGAAGAUCUCGUGACAGAGAUCCACGGGAAUCCCGCAUCCAUUGGGACCAACGCCAGCGUCCGUCACCGAAUCUAUUUGAGAGCCGUCCCCCAAGUGUAGGCAGAGCCAAGUACGAGGACUCUUACUAUGACCGUCCCUCUGUACCUGCCCCUUUUGAUGACCAUCACGACUCCUUCCGUAGGUUCCGCCCUCCUGUGGAUAAUUUACACUCCAUCCCACCACACCAAUCAGAUAUUCCGUCUGUUCCGAGACAACCUGUUCCUCUUCCACAUCGUCGCCCAGUUCCUGACUUUGUUACAGUUUUUGUCGGAAAUCUUCCACCCGCAUGUACUGUUGAUCAACUAGCUGGAAUAAUGCGGGAUUAUUACUUCGUUCCGGGUUCGAUAAGACUACGCCGUGAUCCUCAAGGACAGUUUGUUGGCGAAGCGUUAGUUGAUUUCAAAACAAGUUACGAAGCUGAUAGAGCGCUCAGAGGACUAAAUGGAUAUCGCGUAGCCGGUCGACCCUUGGUAUUGCAUUUUGAUCACCGGAAGUAACAGGUAAGAUUGUUAUUUAUUUUAUAUUGUAGGACUGCUUGUAAACUUUUUAUGUAAAGUAACUGCUUGCAUUUUUGAAAAUCUUUGUGUAACUUAGUUAUUUUCUCAGAUUUGAACCUAGAAUUUGACUCAAUAUAUCAAUCCCUUGAAUAAGUCCUAGUCUUUUUUCUCAUAUAUGGGUCAAAUCGUACCCAAUGACUAAGUUAGUUUGUACCAAAACAUUUACGUACAUCCUCUCGAUUCAUUAGUAUUUCUAUAUUUUGAGUGUGUUUAUUGUAAGAUCAUUGCUAACAUUUCCUUCAACGUACUCUAAGCCAAUGUUUCCAGAUGAUAUCAAACUACACCAAUUAUUUCACAAAUUGAGAACAUAACUUAUGGUGUAAAUUAUAAAAUCUCGCUUUGUAAGCACAUUUGAAAGUUAGUCCACUGGUCAACUGCCAGUAAGUUCUGUGAAUACGUUUCUAAGGGAAAUAUCCAGUUUAGGAUUCCCGUUUUCUCAUUAAUGAUCACUUAUAGGAUUUUGAAACAAAUGUUUAUUAUCGUUCAGUCGAUUAUCAAUGUUAAGGAUGUUUUAACUCUUCAUAUUUGGUGCGCUUGCAUUUUACGACGGUGAAAUGUAUAUCGUUGGCUUUAUUCGUUCAUAGUUCCUGUAAAUUUUGAUAAAUUUGUUCUUGUUUAACUUUCAUAACACGAUAAAGUAUUUGUUACAUC